GUUUGUAGCUUUGCAGAAACUUGGCAUAAAUACAUGACAAAAGUUGCAAGAGAUAUGCACAAUAUACACAUGUUUAAAAUCAACAAGUUUAAAUAAAACAAGUUACAGGCGCAAUUAUGGAUCUAACUACUAGUAAUACAGGCGAAUUAACUUUGGAUGUUCAACAUCAUUAUUCUGUGAGAUCAUCCGCAAAAUUUGGAAGAUAUUUAGUAGCAUCACAGGACAUUCCUGCACGCACGCUCAUAUUACAAGAAUUUCCCGUUGUUUUCGCACCUGCGGAUGACUCUAGUAAUUUGGACCAGCAAAUCCCAACCUCAGAUUCUCUGAUAUUCUGUCUCAAUUGUUGUGUUCACUUACAUUAUAAUGGAAUUCAACACCAAAAAUGUGAUUUAUGUGGAUGGCCAUUAUGUGGAGCCUGUAAUCAAAAAUCUGAAUCGAUCCAUUGUGGAAAUGAGUGCAGAAUAUUUCAGAAAAGCAAAGCAAAAUUUCCUCCAACUCAGGGGUGGUCCUUACUUUAUAAAUCCAUUCUCAUUCUCCGUGCUGUAUUAUUAAUUAAAGAAAGGGAUUCCUCAAUUUGGCCAAAGUUUUUUGCUCAUUUGGAGCACCACUCGGACUCUCGAAGCGAAAAGGAUCAUUGCAUAAAGGGAGAUGCUAUGAUAGGCAGAAACAUUAUAUAUUUCGUCCAUGGGGAACACCCUACAGAAGAAAAUGGGUUGUACAGAAAUAAUGAUGAAAAUUACGACGAUGAAUUGAUCCAAACAAUUAUUGGAAUCGUAAAUGUAAACGGCUUUGGGUCAACCAAAGGAAACGAUGAAAAUCUUAGAAAAACAAAGAGUAUGUUUCAAGAUGCAAGUCUAUUUGCACACUCGUGUGCUCCAAAUUGUACAUGGAAUAUAAAAAUUUACAACAACGAUGAUAAUUACAAACCACAAAUUCAAAUUUACACUUCCAUACCGGUGAAGAAAGGCGAUUUACUCACCAUUCCGUACAACACUCGACAUUUAUUUUACGGAACCUUGAAACGACAAAUUUUAAUCGAGUCAAUUGCACAUUUCGAAUGCAAAUGCAGGAGGUGUUUGGAUCCUACAGAGCUGGGCUCUUAUAUUUCCUCGAUCCGUUGUUUUAAAUGUGAAAACGGAUUUCUAAUCUCGAAAAACUCUUGUGAUUUGGAAAGUGAUUGGGAAUGUGAGCAAUGUGGGGCAAGGGAAACGGUUUCAAAAGUUGUCGAAUUUGUAACUGACGUUGAAGAAUAUUUCGAUAAAAUUCAGAAUGCUAAACUUGAGUGGGGAAAAGAGGUGGACAUGCUUCAAAAACUGUAUGUCAAACAUAGUGAUCAUCUUCUGCAUAAAAAUCAUUACACUCUGCAAGAAAUCUCUACAAGAAUUUUGGAAUUGAUGGUCGAGUCGUUGAAAAAUGCGAGUUCAGCUCAAAUUGACUUGUUCAUUUCGCACUGUGAUUACUUGAAGGACAUUGCUGAUGUGAUCCUUCCUGGGUGUAAUGGAUAUCAAGGUCCAUUGAUCAAGUUGCUUUGUGAUCAGUUUGGUUUUAACUUAAUCGGUUACAGAGAAACCCACCAAUGUGUUCAAUUCGUAUUAAAGCUGUCAAAAACGGUGUUUAUAGUCACGUCCAGAAAGGGAAAAGUAUACUUGUCGCAAAAUAAUAACAUUUGUGACGAAAAUGGAAUUAGUGGUUGUUGGAAAGAUCACAAGAAAUAUUUUUUGUCCUCACUUCCAUACGAUUCUCAGGAAUAUUGGACCGUAUUUUGUUGCAAGGAAGAUCAGGGAGAUGACCAUAUAGAUUCGGUGUUUAAUGUGGCCGUGGAAGUAGAAAACUUGACCCAAUUACUAAAAAUUGUAAGAAAAGAAAGUGGGACCCAGAUCAUUCAAGAUGUAACAUCAAUUGAUGGACCGGACGGUCGAGUUGAAUUUGCGAUCAUCAAAUCAUGUUGUGGGAAUGUAGUUCAUACAACGAUCCAAAAAAGUGCUGGCUACACGGGCUGGUUUUUGCCAGGAUUUCAUAAGCUAUCCAACCAAGAUCCAACAAAGUCGCACAUUAAUGGAAUCAGUAUGUCUCACUUUGAUCAUUUCACUCUCGCCUGCAAAGUUGGAGAGACGGACGGCAUCAUAAACUGGUAUGAAAGCAUCUUUGGAAUGAAACGGUUCAUAACAAACAGGCAAGACUUGGAUGAGGAAGGGCUGGUGAUUGGUGAUGAUGUUGGAUUGAGACUUAAAGUUAUGGAAUUCUGGAAAUGCUCAGAAUCUGGACUCGCUUCUCAAAGUGUUAAUGAUACGGAUUGGGAACCUCUAAAAAUUGUUAUUGCAGAAUCCUUGCCAAACAUUACCAACACACAGAUUGAAAGUUUCAUCUCUGAACACGGAAGCCCAGGGAUUCAACACGUUGGCCUGCAUACUGAAAAUAUGGUUGAUACUGUUCGGGAAUUGACUAAGCUUGGGGUAAAAUUUCGUCACCCACCCCCAACAUAUUAUACCGAGAUUGGUCAACUCGACGUGAUAAAAUCAUCGGGUGAGGACGUGAACACGAUGAAGCGACUGGGAAUCCUCUUGGACAAUGAAGCAGAUGUAUUUGAUCAAGGUUUUGACCCUUCACAAGAGUGUUAUUUGAUGCAAGUAUUCACGCACCCAAUUUUCGAACGCGAUACGUUUUUCUUGGAAGUUAUUCAAAGGAGAGGAGCGACGGGUUUUGGGGUGGGAAAUGUGACCGCACUAGCGAGGUCCGUGAAUGCUUACAAAGACAUGAUGAAAAUGAAUGGUAUGCUGUUGGAAAGGACAGAAGAGAGGGGAAGGAAUACAAAUAAUGACAAUUAAUGUGUGCCCUGUGAUAUUGCAUCACGGGAUAAAUUUAUUUUUUUCGUUAUAUUAAUAUAUAUUAUAUACACAUACCGAUCAAGUUGUUUGACAUCGUUCUGGUUUAUACACAAUUUCAUAUACGUGGCACAUUUACUUGGGGAUUGCCAUUAAUGCUCAUCUCAUUAUUAACUCUUUUUUUCCUUAAUCAUAAUUAAACAAAGAUAAUGUAGCAUUAUAUAAUUUAUAUAUUGCAUUUGUAAUUUUUCAUAAAAUAUA